GAGAACGCGACCCUAACAUUAACAUCCGGUGUAUUCCGACAGUCGGAAACGGAAACGACUGCUUGAUCGUACGAUUAGUCGCACGGCAACAUGAAGAUCGCUACGCUGCUUCUAGUUAUCGUGGCCUUCGCUUCAGGUCAGAGGAUCACGACAAUUCAGCUCGAUGGCGUUCAAUAUUUUGUAUCAAGAAUGAAUCCGUAUAGUCCAGAACUGAACUACUUCCUAGCGUAUCAAUAUUGUCGUUCUCUGGGUCUUCAACUGGCGUCCUUUGAAACGAAGGAAAAAUCAGACACUAUGACACAAUAUCUUAAAAAUGCCGGUUACACAAAAUAUGAUUUUUGGACGUCUGGUAAUAAACUCGGCACGGAUAUGUUCCUAUGGAUGAGUACAGGACUACCCUUCAACACGACAUUCGAUUAUAUGCUAAAGAGACCUGGAAACAGACCUGCUGAUGUUCCACCUGGCACCGAACCUCAGAGAGUUGCGCGUGAAAGUGGCGACAGUGGCAGUGCAGACGGUUGCGUCGCGAUGAUAGCACCAACGUUAGCAUGGGAGGCUCAGGAUUGUACCCUCGUUAAGGACUUUAUCUGCGAGCAAACAAGAUGCUACUACUAUAACUACGGCAGCAUUCCAGUCUCCGCGACUCAGGGAAAUCGAAGACCCUACAUAACGACCACCUCGGCGCCGGCCAGCGACGACCAGAUCGACGAGCACGUGGAGGAGGAAAAUAAGGAUGAGAAAAAACAUGAUGAAGUUAUCGAAGAUAAGACAACGUCAUCGUCGAACGAGGAAAAUGAAGAAUCAGCGAAUGAAGACGUACCCGAAGACCCGGUCGUUAGCAGGCUGAUAACAACAGCCGCUUCCGUGUCUGGCAAGUUAGAUGAUAAAGAUGAUCAACAUGAAGAAUCAACGACAUCGAGCUUAGGGAACAUCGAACGUCGUAGACAAACUGAUGCAUUUGUCCUUGAGAAUACUAGACCAGACGAUAUUCCGGACAUCACGAGUCUCUUCACAGCUGGCAACGAUGAUGGUCAAGUAAUACGUCAUCAAGCUAGAAAAGAGAAUUCUGCGAGUGUAUUCGACGGUCUUGAGACUCGUGAAGUCCUUCGUACGGCAUCUAGACCAUCAACCUCGGAUAUGAAGAUGGAACACAGGGAUUCUCUCGAUUAUGACGUUCUCUCGGAUGCACCGGCUGAUAUACAUACCGAUGUCCAAGCUGAAACUGAACCGCCAAAUAAUGGUCUCGAGGAUGCACAUACCAUUGGUCCUUAUGACACUGUUCAAGACUACGUUAACGAUCAACAGGACAUCGGUGAAUCAGCAAUGAUGAAGGAUCAGGAUGAUGAUAGUAGUACGAUCCUGCCAGAGGCGGAACCGGCCUAUAGGUACAACAUCAAAGUGCGCACCAACGGCAAAGUAUUAGACCCUCCGUCCAAGUAACGCUUUACUCUUUAGGCAUCGACGCCUUCGUUAAACGCGUUCAUUCGUCUACUAAGAAGAAUAAGAAUAAGAAGAAGAAGAAGAUAAAGAAGAUAAAGAAGAAGAUCGACGAUGAAGAUAAAGGAUACACGAAAUGUCUCACGAAAAGGAGAUUGCUAGCGAUCAUUAAAACAAGUUCUUCUAGUCCAAGAACACUUUGACACUAUCAACAUAUCUUAUCUCUAUCUUAUUUCUGAUUAAACAUGAAUCCAUUAUUAUAGAUUUAACGAAAAUCGCAAGCAAUUUUUUCCAACGUCGUAGGAACCUAACUUCUUCGCGUUUUCUUCGAACGUUAUCUGUAAUUCUAUUUUUUAACACACGUUCAUCGUCGCGUUUAUCGAAAAAGAAUAAUAAUAAUAAUAAUUAUAAUAAUAAUAAUAAUAAUAAUAAUAUUAAUAUUAAUAUUAAUGAUAAUGAUAGUAGUAAUAAUAAUAAUAAUAAUAAUAAUAAUAAUAAUAAUAAUAAUAAUAAUAAUAAUAGUAAUAAUAAGAAAAAAGAAAAGGAAAACACAGAGAAAAAAGAAAAUGAGACACUCGUGAAUCACCAUAAUCAUCAUCGCGUGGGUACAUCGAUAGUACGAGACAUCAUGCUCAUAUUUCGUAUUGGUUAACGUUCUAAGAUAAAUAUUACAGGCGUGAGAAUGGACGUACUAUAACUGGAUGUCCUUGGUUGGAGGAAAAUAGAAAUGUCUUUGGCAUGGACAUACUCGAUUUUAUAUCGUUUUUUUUUUCUUCUUCUUUUUUACUUUUCUUCUUUUUCACGUAUCACUCUUUGUUCGAAUGAAAAACGAAACAAAACAAAACAAAAUCUUAGUAAAAUUCUUUAAGAAUAUUUUAUCAAGCCAUUAUUACAAUGAUCAUCAAUUAAUCUCUGUUAAACUUCAAUAUAAAUUUAUAUAUUGUUCAUGCGAUAGAAUAUUUUAAUAAUGAAAUCAUUAUCUUUUCUUCUUCAUUAUUAUUAGUAAAUUUUUCCUCCAACCGACGAUGCCAGAACGUAUCGAUGUCAGUACGUACUCUCAUCGUAGCGUUAAUUUUAAUGCAUGAUAUUCGUGACGGCAACGGGCAUCAUCAUAUAACAUCAUUUCAAUCACAUAAUAUACAUGCGUACGAAUGAUCUUAAAUAAAAAGGAGAUCAAUACUCGCUCGUUAUCAUUUAUUCACCGGUGUGGGCAACUGGUAGAGUCCGCUGACGUCACGUUUUAUUCAUCAAGAUUAAUCAUCCCUUAGAAUUAAAUUUAAACGUUCGCUUUACGUCCACAAAACGAGGAGUUCAAUGGAACCCCAAAUGAACAAAGAAAACCUUUUAAUUUUCUUUGAUUGAUAACAGGGAUAACAGGGAUUAACUCUUCCGUUAUCUGGACGUACGACGAUCUAGCUCCCUUAAACGAUCUAACUCUCUCCCUCCCUCCCUCCCUCUCUUCCACCUAUACUUCUUCAUUCAUUAUUUUUUGAAAAUCUUUUUGACUAAGCUGCUAAACGAUAAGUCACGCACUCACAAUAAUUUUAUACAAUACUAUCGUACAACAGCGUGAUAAACGCUCAACUUCUGUAAUAAAUAUCGAUGGUAUUAUAAUUCUAUUAUUAUUAUUA